CAAGAGCUAGAGAGCACGAGAGCAGGAGGGGGAUUUCCAGCGCGAGCCCCCACUUCCCGCAGCAGCCUUGUUUUGCUUUCGGUCUCGACACAGAAACAGAAAUAAACGACGGCCACACUUUUUCCAGUUUUUUUUUUUUCUCACUUAAGGCCACAAAAUAAAUUAAGUUGUCUAAGUUGAGGUUCGCGUGUGUUUUAAUCUGGCAGCGGGACUGCGAGGCGACAGGCCAUCCAAACUAACAGGCCACAAUGCCAGUAGAGAGAAUGAGGAUGCGGCCAUGGUUGGAGGAACAGAUCGACUCCUGUCAGAUUCCGGGUCUCAAAUGGGUAAAUAAAGAAAAGAGAAUCUUCCAGAUCCCGUGGAUGCACGCAGCUCGUCACGGCUGGGACCUGGAGAAAGACGCCCCACUCUUCAUGAGAUGGGCCAUACACACUGGGAAGUACCAGCCAGGCAUUGACCGUCCAGAUCCAAAGACGUGGAAGGCUAAUUUCCGCUGUGCUAUGAACAGCCUGCCAGACAUCGAGGAGGUGAAGGAUAAAAGCAUCAAAAAGGGAACCAACGCAUUCAGAGUCUAUAAGAUGCUCUCCUCUACAGAGAGAAACAUGAAGAAAGGAAAGAAGAAGACAGACAAGGAGGGGAGGCCCAGAGCACAUAAAGAGCGGGUAGCCUCUUCACCUCCAGACAGACCUCGCUCCGAAGCUCACACCGGACCCAUCGACUACACGAAGCAAGAAACGCUCAAACAGGAAACGAUCAAGCAGGAAGUAGUAGAGCUCACAGUGACCGACAGUGCCUCAGCCAUUCACAGUUCGGGAGAGGAUCACUUGAUCACCAGCGAGCAGCUGCCGUUCGUCUGCCAGACGAUCGAAGUGACCACAGAGAACGAAGAGCAGACCGUCAGCUCCUCCCACUCGUACCCGCUCCAAAUCUCUCCGGUGUCUUCGUGCUGCGGCAGUGACACAGACAGUGAUACAGAAGACAACAAACAGGGCAUCAGUGCGCUCUGGGGUCGGGACCACGGCGCAUCAGUUCUCAGGGUUCCCUCAUGUUCUCUUCCCGGCAUGGCCACCUUCGUCACCGCGAGCAAGCCCAACUUCAAGGUCACCAGCACGCGAGACCCGACCCCCCUCAUCAGCUACCACGCUGACAGCUGGAUGCCGGCCUACAGCCCGAACUCUCUUGCGAACCCGGCGACGAGCCACACCCACGAGGUUCGGGCCAGCGUCAUAAUGAAAACCUCGGACGUCACUUCCUCCUGACCUCUGACCCCCCCAACCCCGCCCCUCCCUCUUCCUCCCCUAGAUGAGAGAGUAUCAUCACCGCUUCAAGGGCAUAGGAAUGACAGAGAAUGUCACUUUUUCUCCGUGACGGGGCCACAUGGAGCCUAAAGAGGGCGAGCCUUUGAUUUUACUGUAGCUUCAGUCUGGGCUGUGAAUCCCUCAAGUUUUCCUUGUAAUCAGAGUAAUCGCUGAAAGGUGUCCGGGGCCGUGGCUCCACUCGCCUCUUCUACUGUCUGCAUCUGCAAGGCCAUGAGGGUCUGCACGAUGUGAAUUAGUGAUCUUCCCGUGACUGUGAUGGGCCACACACCGUCAGAGUGCAGCUAAGAUUUAUGACCGGACGCAUCAUGUGUGAGCUCAUCCGUGUGGUAUGAAUACAACCACGCGUGCGUCCAUAGGGAUGGGUAUCAUUAGGAAUCAAUCCAUAACUGCUCUUAUCAGAUCCUAAAAGAUAUUAUUUAAAAAAACAUGUGAUUUAUAUUUUAAAUAGAAAUACGCUUUGCUUCUAGAGCAGCAACAAAUGAUGUUUAAGACAGCGAUGUCAUUAUAUAAACUCAAUAAUAUCUCACUGGAAACAAAUCUAAAAUGUCAGUAAAAUAAAUAAUAAUUGUGACAUUUAAUGGUGAAUGAAGUUUAGAAAGACUGAAGAACAAAGACAUGAAUCAGUCUUCCUCUCUGCAGCUGAGGUGAUUCACCGCUGCACGUACCGCUGCUUGAACUUGUCUGUGCUCGUUGAACAGGUGGUUUGAUGAAGUAGUUAUUGGUGUCAAACACUCACACACAGAAUAGAGGAGAGGCUGCAACGUGACUAUAAGUUAUACCAAAACAUAUAAAAGAAGAGUUCAAACACAGUUACACUGCAUCUAAUGUAGACACCUGACACCUCCUGCUUCAUCACCAUUUAAGGUAAUGGUUUGAAAAUGCCAGCUAUGUUAGAAUGAAUAAACAUGACAUAAAUACUGAUAGCAGCACCAUUUGUCAAAGAUCAAUACAGUACUAGUUCUCGAUACCCAUCCCUACAUAUCCGUUCUCCAUAUUAAAUGUGGCUCUUUUUAAUCAUCCAUGUCACUGGUAGAUCAUUGAGCCCGCUGCGUUGUGCUAACACUUUAGAACACACUUUGCCAAAUGAAAGAAAUGCACCACUUUUAUCAAGUUGUGAAGAUUUUUUUAGUGUUUAAAAAAAAAGAAAAAAGAAAGAAGAGUUGCCAUAGUUUAGCCUGGUUUGAAACUACAUUGUCUUUUUUUUUUUUUUAAUUGUUUGCACUUCAUAAACAUUUUUCAAAUAUCCUGCAUAAAACGUGUAUCCACAUUUAAUGUGAGAUUACAAAAAAAGAUCUAAAAAUAGUGUACGCUCAAGUGUUAGCAUUAAACAUUAAAUGUUUCACUGGGAAACACAUGGAUGGCCAAAUGAACCUGUGUUCAUAACAAUGAAUUUAUGAGGAAAUUGCAGCUCGUUUAGCAAACUACUUCUCCUGACCGGAAGAUACAAAAAGAAUCAAAGGCGUGAUUAUCAAGAUGAAAAGUGACAAUCAUUUAUAAGCCCUGAUUUGCCCUGCGGCGGAAAGUAGGCGUGUGUGUGUGUAUAUAUAUCUGUGUCUGUUAGUCUGUGGACCUCAGGACAUUUUACCCGCCAACAAACAACUGACAGAAAAAAAACAAAACGACAGACUCACUGACAAACAGACAGACAGACUGUGAACAUGUAUUCAUGUCCUCUCCUCUCUUCCUCCUGGUGUUAAUAAUGUACAUAGCUCAUAUGUAUGUAUGCCUGCGAGCCGCUUCAGCACCUUAUGGACAGCACUGGUGUGCGUGUGUGUGUGUGUGUGUGUGUGUGUGUGUGUGUGUGUGUUUGUGUGUGAGAGAGAGAGACGGGGAUAGAUGGAGAGAGAAAAAGCCUUAUUGAUGAUGUGUGCCUUUGAAAGUGUGUGGCUGGACUCAAACUCUCUGUGCUUUAGUCUGCUAGUGACACAUGCAGGUAGCUGUGAGGCAGACUGUUGUAAGGAGCAUGGAGGAAUGAAAAGUGGUUACACUGGCUAUAUCUGUACCAUUCUCGACCUGUUUACUUGGGUAAAAAAGUAACAAAGGUCAUCCUCAAAUGUGAGAAUAUUUCUAUUUAAGCUCCUUGUGUUAAAGGAAGAAGACAAAGGGAGAAAUCUCAGGGUUUCAAAUGUUCAUGUGAACAUCUUAACUUGAGCGAGUGCAAUCUGCAGUUAAUUUUGUGCAUGGAAAGUGAAUGGAAGCCUUGUUGUCCUUAUGAUAACAAGGAGCAUGGAUUUGAGAUACAUCCCGGAGGACAGCAGAAGCUGAGCGCUGUUGUUUUUUUACGCCCUUAUCUCCCAGUUCAAAACAUCAGUGCACAGCUGGCUGUUUCAUCAUCAUCAUGUCCACUUCUCCAUUCCUCCUUGUACAGUUCAGUACAGUAGCAUCCAGCUCUACAGUGUAUCUCAUUGUUAACCACUCAUUUAUAGUUAAAUCCCUGCAUCUACAUAUGUUUUUAAAGUGCUAAUGAAAGCAUGCAAUGAUGAACUGUGACUGUUUUUUAUUUUAUUAGCCUUUAUGUGAGCAAGCUCAUUUGUUUCUAUCAUCAUGUACAAAAACACCAUGUACCUUUUUAAACAUAGUAGAAAUUGAAAUGUCAGUCUGAGGUCUCCUGACAGUCAUGACCUAUAUAUGACCAGUAAUACCAGCAUGUUAACAGCUAGCAGGCUAAAGCACAGUCCUCCUUCCCAGCCUGCUGUAAGCAGAGCUCCAGUGGGAACAGCUCCAAAUGUUCCUGUAGGAAAACCACAUGGACAAAUAGGAACCUGCCAUGAUUUGAACCAAACCCUGUGAGUGAUUUACACUGGACGCACAUUACUAUCAUGGAGACUUUAUUUAAGAUUCUCGUUGAAUCAAAAGGGGGGAGGGGGGGUUUGGGCGACAGCAGACAUGGGAUAGGUGUUGCUUUUACCAAAUGUUUAUUCCAUGUGCCUUCAUUGUUUCAUUGAAAGAUUGCUGAAAGUUUCUCUGUGGCUACACUUUAUGAUAGUUCUCCAUGGACAGGCUUCUCAAAGAGCUGCAAUAUUUAAAGCAACGUCUGUUAAUACUUGCAUACCUUUUGUAUCAAUGCAUUUAUCUUCGUGAGCCUACUAUUUUUCUUCUUAUUGGUCACAUCCUCUCUGGAUGCUAUAUUGACAAAUUACAGUAGGGGUGUGUACAACCAUGUAGUUGUUAUGACCAAAUCAGAAACUCUUAAUUGUUUGUGACCCUUGAAUGUGCCAAAUCACGGCAAGCAUUGCCUGGAAACGACACGGUCCAUAUUAGGCCUUUAAAUCAAAUGUAAUUCUGCGUUUUCAGUAUUGACUUGGUAUCGGAAAGUUUUAAACGUUCAAAACUUCGGGUUUAAUCAUCAAUUAAGACUCUCACUAAAGUAGAUUGGCUCAAAAAGCCUUGACCAUGUUAUCAUAAAGAGGUCCAGCAUGGAACAACUGAAGUACACUUUGAACCGGAGUCCAUUUCUUCUUUUGUUAUGUGUUUUAAAAGGGACGUCAUUACCAGAGUCAACAGUGAAUGUUGAUGUCUGCAGGCUGUUAUACUGCUAUUUAAAAUUGCUCUAUCAUGUAGUUGGUUGAUCUUUUCCAACCUGCUUUUGCUUCACAUGAUUCAGAAUCACUGAAUCACCACUCAGUUAAAAACCAAGGUGUUUAUUACACUCAUAAAACAUUCACUUUCACAAUAAAUAAAUAAAACGUCACCACUUUAUUCUCUGUACAAUAUGAUAACUACAUGUGAAUCAGCCUGUAAUUCUGAAUAAAGACUGUUUU